AUGGAUGAAAACGAUAUAACCAACUUGGACAAUGAAUUUAAACGAUAUUUACAAAUUCUGCGGCCGUACUUGGGACAGCUCUUAGAUCAAGAUGUUAUUGAAAUAUGCAAUGCUUGGAUUAAGAGACUUUCAAAUUGCAAUGACGAUGAGAAAUGUUAUCGCAAUAAGUACAUAUUUGCCCUCUGCUAUCAGUUAGCUAAAGGCAUUCUUGAGAAACCUUUUUUAAGUCCACCUUCGUCAAGUUCCUUGACUCCACUACCCGAAGAAAUUAAUAGCGAUGAUUCUUCAACUGAAGUUGAAUGUUUAGUCAUUGACUCGGAAAAUCCGAUGACUAAAGUCAUAUACAAUAAUCCAAAAACUCCACUCACCGUACCAGAUGAACAACGAUUGUGCGAAAGUGAUAUCCAUUCCAACACUACUCAUAACAUCAUAAAGCAAAGUGAAUGUUUUUAUGAGGAGGGAAUCAAUGAAAAUGAAUUCACUCCCUACGAGCAAUCACUUCUUUGCUACAAUUGUCCCGAAGUAUACAUCGAACGAAACGGUUGUGACGAUAAAAAUGACAAAUAUCAAUAUAGAGCAGCAAACUUAAUUAUGAAACUUAGACAAAUUAAAGAACAAAAUGUUCAACUUCAUAACGAACUAAUUGCUUUAAAAAAAGACACAAAAAUUCCCGAUGAUGACUCUACUAGUGGUAAUCAUAAAGUCAAUAAUGCGACGAGCACAAACAUGUCUGCAUCAAGUAGUACUAAUUUGAACUCUUUAAAAGGAAAACUGCAGGAACUUCAAAACUCAAGAAAUAUGUUGAUAGAUACUAUAGCUAAUUUGCAAGAAAAACUUGAUUAUUAUAACGACAUUAAGAAACGUGAAAUAGAAGAUAUUGAAGCUAAACAUAAACUGGAAAUUAUAAAUUUAAAAACAGUUAUUCGUGAAGAAGCCUCGAGUUCGAACAAAAUUCUACUAGAAGACUUAAAACGCAAAUAUGAAGAUAGUAUAGCAGUUAUGACGAAUAAUCAUGCAAGAGAAAUUGAGAAUAUAACCCAAUCAAAGGAUAGCAUUAUCUUGGAAAAAGAAAAGAUAAUACAAAAUAAGGACUUAGAAAUUUCACAAUUAAAAAACAACAUUGACGAAAUCAAACGUAAUCAAUUUAGUGUCAUCAAUAGAUUACUAGAUAAACCUGAUAUUUCUGAGAGUUCAUCAUCUAAGACUGAAGAAUUAGAAAGAAGGCUAAAUAAAAUGGAAAGAGCUAGAUUUAAAAGCGCAAAAGCGUAUGAAGCUAAAUUAGCACAUUUGCAAAGACAAAAACAUUUAGCUGAGUGUUCAUUACAACUUCAACUAAUGAAGCAACGCACGCAAGUUAUAAAUGAAACCGCUGAUGAAAAUCAGACAGAAAUUACAACAGCUUUGGAUAAACUGGAAGGAAAGUAUAAAGAAAUAGUCGCCAAUGUGCAAGCGACAGCUGUACAGCGAAGGAUGCAAGAUCAACUUGCUCUAGAUUCCAUAAUUCAAGCGAUUUGCGGUGUACGUGACACGUUUGCAAAUUCACAACCCGCAAGUCAAUUGGCAAGCAAAACUAUGCGUAGCUCGAACAAGAAUGGUAAUCAGAGUGGCGACAUUGAAUUGUCUACUUUGUUCCAUGGUAACAAGGCUGGGAAUGUGGUUGUGAGUAAGCCAUAUGGCGAGGACAGCAUAGUAAAUGAAUAUUGUCUAGAUAGCGAGAAACUUGGUGAACUAUUUGACAGAGUACACAUUCCACAGAGGGACACUGGCGAUGCUCCAACAAAGAAGUAA